AUGCCUACCACCUGCCACAACGUGAAGACCACCUGCCACAACGUUAAGACCACCUGCCACACUGUUAAGACCACCUGCCACAACGUUAAGACCACCUGCCACAACAUUAAGACCACCUGCCACAACGUUAAGACCACCUGCCACAACGUUAAGACCAUCUGCCACAACGUUAAGACCACCUGCCACAAUGUGGAGGUAACAUCAACAGGAAGCUCCUCAGCAAACGCGUUCUGCAUUCACCUCCUCAGUCUGAACAAGAAAUAUGAAACGAGAUCAGCCGAGUGUUUGCCAUAUCUGUUCCAGCUCUUUCCUGACCGGGUCUACUGCCUCCUCACCGUUCCCUCCAGCUGUCCCAGGUUCCCCCUGUGGCAGAACUUUGUUUGGGUCCCAUCAUGGUCCAGCAGCUCACUGCCCAGCAGUCUCUGGGCUGCAGCAGGGGGCGUAGCCAUCUCAGGGGCUGCAGGAGGGGACGUAGCCAUGUCAGGGGCUGCAUUAGGGGGCAUAGCCAUGUCAGGGGCUGCAGUACGGGGCAUAGCCAUGUCAGGGGCUGCAGCAGGGGGCGUAGCCCUGUUAGGGGCUGCAGCAGGGGGCGUAGCCAUCUCAUGGACUGCAGUAGGGGGCUUAGCCAUCUCAUGGACUGCAGCAGGGGGCUUAGCCAUCUCAGGGACUGCAGCAGGGGGGUUAGCCAUCUCAGGGGCUGCAGCAGGGGACAUAGCCAUCUCAGGGGCUGCAGCAGGGGACGUUGAGUUGUCAAUGGUCAUUGAGGCUGUCGACUCUUCUGUGGACGUCAACCUGGGGACUUCUGCAGACCUUGAGACCUCCGUGGAUGUGGAGACCACCUCAGGAGCUGCUUUGGUGGCUGUGAGACCGUCCGUGGUCGUUGAAGUGUCCGUAGUCGUCGAAGCGUCCAUAGUUGCCGAAGUGUCCGUAGUCGUCGAAGCGUUUCCAGUCGUUGAAGCGUCCAUGGUCGUCAAGUCCUCUGUGGAUGUCAACAUGGGGACCUCUGUGGAUGCCGAGUCUUCUGUGGACAUCAUCCUGGGGACCUCUGCAGACGUCAAGUGUUCUGCGGACGUCAACCUGGGGACCUCUGUGGACAUCGAGGCUGUAGCAGACUCUGGAUUGGCUGCAGCAGACUCUGGACCAGCUGCAGCAGACUCUGGACCAGCUGCAGCAGACUCUGGAGACUCUGGACCAGCUGCAGCAGACCCUUCGAAGGUGGAGGUGAGACCAGCAGUUCCUUCAGACCGACCUGCUGUCUCUGAUCUGGUGAAGAAUCUGGACCUGAACCAGUCUAUUUUACAGGACCUGGACUGUUUCUACAGGACCCGCAGUGACCAGGGAUCGGUGCCGCUGCAGGCCUUCAUCACUCAAGUUGACGGUGAGGUCGUUGGGAUCAUCAUCAUCAGAGAUGAGCAGGAUGUCGAGUACCUUCGUGCUCGCUUCAACUUGGAGAACUUCAUCUACUUCAGCCACCAUCGGUACGAUGAGCACGCUCACGUUCUCCACCAUGUCCUCAAAUGCUGCUUCCAGAACCUCGCCACACACCUGUUCAAGGAGGUCCUGAGGCUGGCCCACAAAACCUGCCUGUACCACAGAGUCUACCUGCCCCGGUACCAACAGACCUCCUGCGUCCACCCUCUGGACUCCGUCCUGGACUGCGCAGUCCCUGUUGGACCCCGGCAGCAGAUCAUCUACCCGCUGGAGGAGCUUGGCAUCAACGGCCCAUCCCGGCAGCUCACAGAGGACCAGGACCCGUUUGCUCUCAGCCUCAUUAGCAGGAAGUUAACCAUGGAGCCAAAGGUCACCGUUAACAGCAGGAUUGUGGUGGUGGGGGCUUCAGACACUGCUUUGUCCUUCCUCGAGGUGCUCUGUUUGUGCCCUCACCUGAAGUUCACCAACCUGGUUCUGGUUUCGACCCGUGGUCUCGUCAGUCCUUGCGAUCCAGAAGACAGCUUCUUGUCCACGAGCCACGCCUACAGCACCAGAGACCUGGCCCAGAUUCCUCUGCUCCUCUGCGUCACGGUUCUGACCGGCAAGAUGGUCCAAAUCAGACGCCAGUCCAAAUACAUCGUGCUGUCCGGUGGUGAGAAGGUUCUGUACGACCGUCUCAUCCUCUGCACGGGCCUUCAGUACCGGGUACCAUGUCCAACCGGUGUGGCUGGGACCCAGCUGCAGGAUCUGGACCUCAGGUACCGUGGACUCGUCCCGUCCAACCUCCUCACCAUCAACGAUGUCCACGACUGCACGCUCGCCCGCCGCUGGCUCCGUGCCAACUUCACACAGCAGGACGAAAACGCCGUGGUCUUUGGAAGCAGCGUGGACGUGUACACCACUGUGCAGACUCUGCUCCGCCUCGGGAUCCUUGGAGCUCGAAUCCACCUGGUCCUCCCUCCUCCAGAACCGGGUCUACCCUGCUUCCCAGACCCAGCUGUGGCGAACGCCGUGGCUGCAGCCAUGAAAAACGCCCAAGUCCACGUCCACCCCAACUGUGUUCUGGCUCGCAUCGACACCGGAGAGCGACCCGACCUGAUCACAUCCGUCUCCUUCAGCAGCGCCUCGACGCCCGUCCAUCUGCAGUGUGGAGUGUUCAUCAGCCUGUCCAACAAAGGUGUGGACUACGAUGUGUUGGACAGCGUCCGCAGCUCCUUCCUGGCCUUCGACUCCAGGCUCAUCAUUGACGCCUCCUUUCACACCACAGACCCGUUGAUCUACGGAGCUGGACCUCUCACCAGGUUCUCCUGCAGGUGCUUCUCAGACAGAUGCUCCCACGCAAACGUCAACUCCAAGGAAGUGGGCCAGGACCUGGCGGCCACCAUACUGGCCCUGUUUGACCCGACACAGGAGGCCCACAACCAGCCUGAGACGGAUCGUCUGGUCCCGCUCUACAAUCGGCCCAAGGUUCAAGGUGGACAGCUUCCAGGAGGGUUUACCUACCUGCACGUGACCGGACCACAGGGGACUGACCCGUCAGGUCCUCGUGUUCAGGAUGGAGAGAUCAUGACGGGCCGAGCAGAGACCGGGAACUACUUCUGUUUGCAUCUGGACCACCAUGACCUGGUGGAGACACUCACAUGUCUGUCCCUGAAGCCCCUCCCUGUCUCAAACUACCUGAGUCUGUACGGAAAGCACCAGGAGCUACUGGGUCAGCUGCAGAACCGCUACCACCAGGGUCUGAUCCAAGACCUGUACAGUUUCUUUAGACAGAGUUCCUUGUUGGCCGUUCUCCACGACAGGUUCUCUGACUUCCAGAAAGAACUGAAGCCACUGAGCAGUUCUAAACACAAGGAGGUCCGAGGUGCCACGAGGAGCAGCGCCGCCAGGUUUCUCACCUACAACCAGAACCAGCUGCCCAUGUUAGGCCCCGCCCCCUUCCCCAGCUCAGCUGGAAACAUGGUGCAGCGUUACCGUGACCAACAUGAGAGAACGUACGGUUUCCUGGAGCCCUUCAUGUGCAAACUGGGUCUGACCGCACAGAACCUGUCCAGUCUGCCCCUGCUCACCGUGAUGGAGCAGGUGAGGGAGGUGUUGGCAGCAGAACCAGAUGGUAUCAGUGGACGAGUGCUGAUCAGCUGCACCGGUGUUCACGGUCCCUACAAGGGUGAGCCCUCUGCUGCACUCUGUAAGAGCAUCACUGCCUGCAGCUCCUCGUCCAAGAUGGCCGCUAAUUACCACCAGCUGUCGGCCAUCAACCUGAUGAGGAUCAUCCACUACUACCCGGAGAAAACCCACACAAAGGAGCACGAAUGA